AUGGCGCUGCUCUGGCUGACCGCGGCCCCCGGCUGCGCUCAGGCGUCGGGAGCGCCCACUCGGCGCCACUGGCCGGUACCUUACAAGCGUUUUUCCUCCCGUCCAGAACCAGACCCUUACUGUCAAGCUAAAUAUACUUUCUGUCCAACUGGCUCUUCUAUCCCCUCUAUGAAGGGGGAUGAUGUCAUUGAAGUCUUUCGAUUACAGGCCCCAGUGUGGGAAUUUAAAUAUGGAAACCUCCUGGGUCACAUGAAAAUUAUGCACGAUGCCAUCGGGUUCAGGAGCGCUAUAACUGGCAAGAACUAUACGAUGGAGUGGUAUGAACUUUUCCAACUUGGAAACUGCACAUUUCCCCAUCUCCGACCUGAAAUGAAUGCCCCCUUCUGGUGCAACCAGGGAGCCGCCUGCUUUUUUGAAGGAAUUGAUGAUCUCCACUGGAAAGAAAAUGGGACAUUGGUUCAAAUAGCAACCAUAUCAGGAAACACAUUUAACAAAAUGGCAGAGUGGGUGAAGCAGGACAAUGAGACCGGUAUCUAUUAUGAGACAUGGACUGUCCAAGCCAGCCCAGAAAAAGGGGCGGAGACCUGGUUUGAAUCCUAUGACUGUUCCAAAUUUGUGUUGAGGACGUUUAACAAGUUGGCUGAACUUGGCACAGAGUUCAAGAAGAUAGAAACCAACUACACAAGAAUAUUUCUAUACAGCGGAGAACCUACUUACUUGGGAAAUGAAACAUCUAUUUUUGGUCCAACAGGAAACAAAACUCUUGCUUUAUCCAUGAAGAAAUUUUAUUACCCUUUCAAACCACAUUUGUCAACCAAAGAAUUUCUAUUAAGUCUUUUGCAAAUUUUUGACACUGUGGUUAUGCACAGGCAGUUCUACUUGUUUUAUAAUUUUGAAUAUUGGUUUUUACCUAUGAAGUUCCCUUUUAUUAAAAUAACAUAUGAAGAAAUCCCUUUACCUAGAAAAAACAGAACAAUUUCAGGUUUAUAA